AUGGUGUCAUCGUCUCCUCCAUUCGACUCCCUUCUAAACAUGAACCCGACCCAAAAUCACUUCCUGAAUAUGAAUAUAUCAUUAAUCUCUCAUGGAGAACAAGCGAACAGCCAAAUCAAAGAGCAAGCGCAACGCCCUAGAGAAGGAAGGUUGAUGAAGGUAAUGGACGAAGAAGAGAGAUUGAGAGAAAUUUAUGAAGGUAAGGGUGAAGAAGAGUUGCAGAUGAUGAAGAUUCUUGAAGAUGAAAUAAGAAGUGUUGUGCGAUUAUGGAUGAAGAUUCUGAAAUGGUUGAAGAGAUAG